GUGUUCCCGGAUGUGAAUUGGAACCAAAAUGGCUGAGAAGAAGCCACAGUAGCAGUCGGCGCGUACCCCCUCCCGAUGACUGACGUCUAGCGCAACCAAUAGUAGCUCAGGUUGUCAAACCCAGCAUCCAAUGGCAGCGCGGCACACAGGAGCUUUGUGGUGGAGGACGGUAGCUCUCCAGAUCAACAAGCCUGUGUUUUGGACGCACUUUGAUGAACAGCCGCUGUUUCUGUCGCUGAUGUCAGUCGCUCUCUGCGUUUCCAGCGAGACGUGUCGCGCGUGAACUGCGGUAAACCAGCAUAUAAACUCAAAAGCAGCCUAGACACGCAGCCAGGAGCCGAGCAGGGUGGAUGACAGCGUCGGUGGAACUUUAAUGACAGCCAGCUUGUUUUUCUCUGACAGCUCACCUCAGGCAAGUCAACAAGACAGCGACCCUCGAGCUUCUUCACUUUCGAACCGAGACAGGAAGGCGUCUUCACCCUUACUCUGAUAAACAGUCACGAGCGCAAACAUUAGCCAACUUAGUUUAUCCCUAAAACAGAACACAUACUCUAUGGUUCUCGGCUUGUUUUUAUUUUUUUUAAACUAUUAAACAACCAUCGUUUGGUUGUUUUUCACCUAGCCGCGUUUUUUGAAGAACUAGCUAAACAAUAUUAAGCUAACUCUGUUUUUCUGAAGCUGUCACAACUGUACAAGUGUUAGCACCAGCCUGAACUAGCACCAGCUAACACCAUCCCAUUCACCGGUUUGAGGACGAAAACCUGUUUGUCCCUCCAACCUCACCGGUGCGUUACACUUUGAAUCAGCUCGUCUGACCCGCUGCAGGAGCGGACUCUCACCGUCACCUCUCGCCUUUGGGAAGCGAUCAGUGGAGGAGCAGCGAGCGGCCACCUGAGCGUCAGAGCUAGCGGGGGAGCAGGUUGUGUGCAGCCACGGAACCCCUCAUCGGACUGUUACAUUAUUAUCGGUGUUAUUGUUGAAAAUGGCGGCUAUCGGAAUGGUGCAGAUGUUGAUCGAAGCAGCCGAGUACCUCGAACGCAGGGAACGAGAAGCGGAACAUGGCUAUGCCUCCAUGCCACCCUUCAUCAGCAGUCGAGAGAGGGACAGCCUGAAAAGAAAAAGCAAAAGCAAGAAAAAUACAAGUAGCAGGUCUACACACAACGAAAUGGAAAAGAACAGACGGGCAAAUCUACGGCUGUGUCUAGAGCGACUGAAGUCCCUUGUUCCCUUGGGACCAGAUGCUAACAGGCACACUACCCUCAGCCUGUUGAUGAAGGCCAAAGAUCACAUCAAGAGGUUGGAGGAGAGCGACAGGAAAGCUCAGCACACUGUAGAGCAGCUACAGCGGGAGCAGAGACACCUGAGGAGGCGCCUGGAACAGCUGGGGGUGGAGAGGACCCGGAUGGACAGCACCGGCUCCACUGUGUCCUCCGACAAGUCAGACACUGACCAAGAGGACCUGGACGUGGAUGUGGAGGGGACAGACUACCUGCUGGGUGACCUGGAGUGGAGCACCAGCAGCGUGAGUGACUCGGGAGACGAGCGAGGCAGCCUGCGCAGCAGCUGUAGUGAUGAAGGCUACUCCAGCGCCAGCCUGCUACUCCUGCAGGACACUCAGGAGAUGGCCAAGCAGCUGGGCUGCAGUCUAUAAACAGCACUGGUCACUGAUCCAGCACCCACCUCCUUCCCUUAGCCAAUCCUGUCCCAACAUGCUCUCACUACUUCCUUAUCCUGCUCAGACCUCACCCCUCCUUCCUUUCUUUCCUCCCUGCCUCCCUCUCCACCAGGACUGACCCACGUCUGAGGCUUCUCCUCCACUCAGGCCUCUGCAGACUUCCUGUCCCCAUGGAGGCUUCCAUUCAGUCUGCAACUCCUCCCUGAGACACCCGCCUAUAUCUAGUCCAUCAUCAGCGGUCAGUCUUUAGGGUCACUCACUCUGCUCUGCACCAAUCAAAUGAGUGGGAUUUUAAAGACACUCCACCCCCAUCCGCCCCCCCCCCAUUUGUCAGAACCACAACUUUCAGCCAGAGAAUGUUACCACACAAUAUCCCACUGCCUCUUUUUCUAUGUCCCAAGAGCCAUAGGAAGAACUUAAUGAGAUUUCACCCUAACUUCACGAACACACACACACACACACACACACACACACACACACACACGUGCAUACUUGAACACACACAUACACAAAAAUGCACCCCUCCAUUGCUCCUAGUUGUCCAUUGAGAGUCCCCCCAAAGGUGUGACACUGACAUGAGAUGGGGCUUUUUAUCAACACCCUGCUCACCAGUCCACCAUCUGUGCAUGGUGAUUUGCACUUAAAAUAGUUUUUUGUAAAACUGUGUCAUCUUUUUCAAACACUGUCUCUUAAAAACUUAAAGGCCCCCACUGCAGCUGUUAUCAUAAGUGAGUGUUUGAAACAUGUCAGUUGUCUGCCCUUGCUGUGUGGUGCAGCAGACCUAGUGGACACUAAAUUAAAUUGUCGGGGCCGACAGCAAUACAUCCCUUUGUACCCAGGUUUUUGCUGGCAUUUGGGUAACUAUCCUGUAAUUUUAUGUCCAUGCCUGUAUUUCAGAAGGGAAAGUAACACAAAAACAAACAAAAAAAACGUGUGCAGCAUGAGAUUGUGAAGGGCUGGGGUAUGUGGGAGGGAUUAGGGGGUGGGUUUCAAUGUUCUCUGCCUCUCUCUGAUGAUGGUGGCGUUUUUACAGCAUCCUUUUAUCGUGUGUGUUUGUCACGUUUGAGCCUUUCGAUGACAGGGGUCACUGACAGAUUUAGGAAACUAAAAAAAAACACCAGCCACCACCAGGUGGAAUGCUGGGAUGUUUUUGGCAAGUUCUGGUAUAUGUAUGAACAGUUCUUCUUCUUCACUGCCCUGUUCACCUAAAGAAGGGAAGAACCCACCUACUGAGAGCAGUCGAGAGACUGGAGCACAUUCCACUAUGUAGAAAGGACAGGCAGGGGAGACUGAGAGUAUUAUUUUUCAUUAGCGAAUCUUCUUGCCAAUUUCUUAUGAUGGGUGGAGUUAGGUUUGAGACAGUGCAAGUCACCCAACGAAACCGGCUAUGACUCUUCAAUGGGAACAUGCUGAGGCCACAUCUGCACUACUACGUUUUUGUUUGAAAAUGCACCAACUUUGCUACAAAUACACUUGGCAUCCACACUACUCUGGUGUUUAAAGAAGAACUGGUGGCCCAGUUUUAGUUUGGGAACUCCAGCACAGCGUUUUAGUCUGGAAGGGCAGAAACAGAAAAAAAUGGAAAUCAUCACGUAGACACUCACAACCAGUUGUUGAUUGGUUCUUUCAGUCAAGAGGUAGCUGCUCACUGACUCGUUAGGCUCCUUUCACAUGAACCCCUUCCAUAAGAAUGCAACCAGCAUUAACAGUGUAGAACGCAACAUGUAUAAUCAAUUACAAGUGUUGCUGACCCUGUAGUCUUUGCUAACAGCUGUUGUGCAGUUAAAGUCUGCAUUUUACAAUGGUACAACUGUUUACAUGCGAGGAAACCAGCCGUUAUUUAAGCGAACUGCGGCAAUUACUGCAUCCAGCGGGACACACAUGCCUUCCUGUUUACACUGUCAUGCGCUUGCCUAGUGUUCAUGUUAUAUGCGUUCUCAGGCGUGUGUGUGAACACACUUGUGUUGACAGAAAUCGUUUUAAACAUAAACGUAGUAAUAUGGAUGUUGCCUGAGAGAGUUUACCUCUUUCUUAUUGUUCACGUCGGACGAGCACCAAAAUGUAAAAACUACAGAUUUUAUUUCCUCCGCCUUGCCUUGAUAGCUAUUUAUUGUUUCUGCAAAAAAAGUACACAUUUUAAUGUAAAUAGUUUACAGAAAGAUCUCUAUGUCUAUCAACAAAUGUAUUUAUUAGAUAAACUAAAUAUAUAGAUUAAUAUAUAUAAAUAUAUUUAGUCAUAGCCUAUGUUCUUCUUGUGAGGUUUACUGAGAGUUUCCUUUGUGUAGUUUUUUUGCACAGCCUAGUCAAUCUAUAGAAUAUUUAGAGAUGUCUCUUGUGCCUCAAGGCUUUUGUGUCUGUUCAGAUUUCGGCACAGUGCUCUUUGAAAAAUGAAAUGUGUUGAUUCAAAUCUUUAGCUGUUUUCAAAGCCAUCUUGCCCUUUUAACAGAGGGAUAAUAGGACAAAAAAAAAUGUAUAAUUUCUAAAAUUGUGAAUUAAAAAAAGUAAAGCAAAGGAGCUAGUGGUCAGGCUGAGGGCGGUGACAACUCCUCUGGCCGUUUCAUCCAUUUCCACACCUAGGAGCCUCAAACAAAAUGGCUUCUCUCCCUGAGAGGUUUUAGUCCCUUGGUUGGUUCAGAAUCAUCGCAGGCGGGAAGAGGAUUGCAAAUUUUCUCUUUGUAGACGUCCUCAACCCCUGCAGCACGGUGCCAAAGGAACCUCCUCUGCUCCUGCACCUGCCACUUGUCAACCUCAGUUAAAGCAUGACGAUGGUACACCAAAAAAAAUUAAAAAAGAAAAUUAGAAAAAUACAUAUAUAUGAUUGUCUUUUUGAGUGUGGAAUACUGCUUUUUCUUUUGAAUCGGAAACGUGUAGCCGCGCAAUGAGGGGAAAUGUAUCGAUAUAGUAGGUGUGAGUGGGCAGAUGUGUUUGCCGAUACGCCAUCUGUCAGUGUGUGUAUGUGUAUACAGUGUGUGUGAUUGUGCAUAUGUGUGUUUAUUUCGUCACUGUCUUCAGAGAGAAAUAUUGCGGGGUGGUAGUGGGUGGGUGGUUUGAAACAUUUAAGCCUAUGUUUCUUUUCUGGUUUUUCUGUUCAUUUGUUUACUAGUAAAAUGCAAAAAAAGUCCCCUUGACAAAGACUUCAUGUAUUAACCUGAGCAUUAAUCUCUGUCUUUGGUCAUCUCAUGUUUUCUCUUUUUCCAUCCAUGGCAUGUUGCCUGUCUUCCGCCAAUCUACACGUGCGAAUGUGUGUGUGAGCAUUUCCUGUGAGCAUGACUCCCUCCUCCACAUGCUGUGUUGGCCUCCAUGGUACAGGUGAAUGUGUGUGUGUAUGUGUGUGUGUGUGUGGUUGUUUGUGUGCGUGUGUGCAUGCGUGAUGCCCUGUACAGAAGCCCUGGUGCUCCCAGCAUCUGCCUUUUAAGAAGCAGGUGUUGAAUCUCUCUCAAAGAACAAGACUACAGUCAGACCAGUUGUUUAAGCUACAGGUUUCAGCAUCAGGGGAAAAUCACGCUCAUGUGUAUCUUUGGUUUUCGCAAAUUUUUUGUCCCUACAUACAAAGUGGCUGAUAAUGCCUUAAAACAGACACAAAUGUACGACCCAACAGAGGUACACGAUAUGUAUGAGUGUAUAUGAUAUAUUGACGUGUAUCACAAAGGUCAUUCCUUUUCAUUGUGAUGGUCUCAGGCGUGGUGCUCUCAUGCAUUACACAACUACACGCACAAACACACAAGACAACACAUCGUCAUAGCUCCAUGAACAUCGUUGUCGUCGCCUGCCACCUUUCUCCCCGGAAAGGCCAAGUGUCUGUUUGUUGAACAAUUACUUAACAGUGGACGUUUUGUGCACUUACUUUUUAAGAAUUGGAGAAUUUGGACACUCACUUUAAAUGUGGGGGAGAAAAACCCUUUGAAAACCAACUGUGGAGCAGCAAUUUAUAUUUGCCAGUGAUAUUAAAGGAAUAAAACAUUUGAAACCCUUGUUUACCUACCUA